ACGGUUUUCUGAGGGCUUCCUUGCUGGUGCCGCCUGGAGAGAUCUGGUUUAUGUGGACUUCACAGUUCUCCAGCAGAAAUCUUGAGAAGGACUGACCGGUUCAGAACCAUGGCCCUUGGUUCAGUGACAUUCAGGGAUGUGGCCAUAGACUUCUCACCGGAAGAAUGGGAAUUCCUGGACUCAGCUCAGAGGGACUUAUAUAGGGAUGUGAUGUGGGAGAAUUAUAGCCACUUCAUUUCACUAGGACCUUCCAUUUCUAAACCAGAUGUGACCUCAUUAUUGGAUGAAGGGAAGGAGCCCUGGAUGGUUGUGAGGGGAAGGACCAGAAGAGACUGCCCUGAUUUGGAGUCCAGUUACAGGAACAAUACUUUAUCUACAGAAAAGAAUAUUUAUGAAAUAUAUUCAUUCCAGUGGGAGGUAAUGGAAAGAAUUAAAAGCUAUUGCCUUCAGGACUCCAUUUUUAGAAAUGACUGGGAAUGCAAAAGUGAGAUUGAACGGCACACAGAACCACAGGAAGAAUAUUUGGAGCAAGGGAAAAUUACUUCUGAAAAAAUGACCACUUACAAAAAGCAUAAUUUUCUUGCUGAAUAUCAGAGAGUUCACAAUGGAGAAAAGUUAUAUGAAUGUAAGGAAUGUAGGAAGACCUUUAUUCGUCGCUCAACACUUAGUCAACACCUGAGAAUUCAUACUGGUGAGAAGCCUUAUAAAUGUAAGGAAUGUGGGCAGGCCUUUAGACAGCGCGCACACCUUAUUCGACAUCACAAACUUCAUACUGGUGAGAAACCCUAUGCAUGUAAGGAGUGUGGGAAGGCCUUUACAGUGCUCCAAGAACUUACUCAACAUCAGAGACUUCAUACUGGUGAAAAGCCCUAUGAAUGUAAGGAGUGUGGGAAGGCCUUCAGAGUGCAUCAGCAACUUGCCCGACAUCAGAGAAUUCACACUGGUGAGAAACCCUAUGAAUGUAAGGCAUGUGGGAAGACCUUCAGGCAGUGUACACACCUGACUCGACAUCAGAGACUUCAUACUGCUGAGAAGCUCUAUGAAUGUAAGGAAUGUGGAAAAGCCUUCGUUUGUAGUCCAGACCUUAGAGUCCAUCAAAAAAUUCAUUUUGGUGAAAAGCCCUAUGAAUGUAAGGAAUGUGGGAAGGCUUUUAGGAUAUGUCAGCAACUUACUGUUCAUCAGAGUAUUCAUACUGGUGAGAAACCCUAUGAAUGUAAGGAAUGUGGGAAGACUUUUAGAUUAAGACAACAGCUAGUUCGUCACCAACGAAUUCAUACUCGUGAGAAACCCUAUGAAUGUACGGAAUGUUGGAAGACCUUUAGUAGUUACUCACAACUUAUUUCACAUCAGAACAUUCAUAUUGGUGAGAGACCUUAUGAAUGCGAAGAAUGUGGGAAGGCCUUUAGACUGCUCUCGCAACUUACUCAGCACCAGAGUAUUCAUACUGGUGAGAAACCCUAUGAAUGUAAGGAAUGUAGAAAACCCUUUAGAUUGCUCUCUCAACUUACUCAACAUCAGAGUAUUCAUACUGGUGAGAAACCUUAUGAAUGUAAGGAAUGUGGUAAGGCUUUUAGACUUUAUUCAUUUCUUACUCAACACCAGAGAAUUCAUACAGGUGAGAAACCCUACAAAUGUAAGGAAUGUAAGAAGGCCUUUAGACAGCAUUCACACCUUACUCAACAUCAGAAAAUUCAUAAUGGAAUUUAGUACAAGAAAGUCUUGAAAUGUACAUUGUGUUACAGAAUAUCAGAACAUUCAUUUUGAGAAUUUUUUUCAUGCUCACAUCUAAGCAUAAGAAAUUUUAUACUACAGGGAAAAAAAUGUUGCUUUAAAAGCCUUCCUUCACCAGUCAAACUUUGUCUUUAGCAAAUGUAAGUCAGAGAAUAAUACAAUUAAUGUAAGGAAAUCGUUAGCUUUAUUUAUUUUUAUCUCCAUUUCACCACUUUAUUACCAGUGUGUUACUGGACAAGGUACUUAAACUUCUGUGCCUCAACUUGUUCAUUUGUAAAAUGGUGAUAAUAGCACCUAUGUACAUUAUUUACUGCUGUGUAAUAAAUUACCACAACUUAAUUAGUAGCUUAAAAUAAUACCUAUAUAUUAUUUCACAGUUUCAGUGGGUCACGACUCUGGGUAUAACUUAGUUCGGUCUUCUGCUCAGGGUCUCUCACAAAGCUAAAAUCAAGGUAUUAGCUGGGGCUGGGUCUCAUCUGAAGGCUCAGCUGGGGAAGGGGUCCACUUCCAACCUCAUAUGGUUGUUGGCUGAAUUUAUUUUCUUGAGGGCUGUUGCACUGAGUUCCUUAGUGUCUGACUGUUGGCUGAAAGCUUACUUCAGUUAUUUGCCACAUGAACCUCCUCAACAUGGCUACUUGCUUCAUCAACAUGUGCAAGCCAAGAAGGCAACACUCUGAUAGAAUCAGAAUUUAUAAUCUUGUGGAGUCUUAUCACUGAAGUAAUAUUUUAUCACUUUUGCUGUCUUCUACUGGCUAGAAGCAAAUUUCUAGGUUGCCCACACUCAAAGAGGAUUGUGCAAGAGUAUGAAUACCAGGAGGUAGGGACAACUGGGGCCAGUUCAGAGUCAGCCUGUGUGCACUGUGUAGUAGAAUUGUAAGGAUUAAAUAGUUAAUACGUAGAAAAGUAGCAGCCACAUAGCAUGUGUUCUGUAAAUAUUAUCUAUAAUUA